GCUUCAUCUUUUUUGUGGUCUCCCCCCUAAUGCUGUACCUCCUGCAUCCUUAUGCCAGGGAGAGGAAUCUGGCUGUUCAUCUGGUCUGGUUCAUGAUGAUCUUUGUGGCUUUCUUCAUUAAUGAAAUUGCAGUUGGAAAACCAUCCAUCUGCAGAGGGCCGGUAUGGUGUCCGCAAAGGUGCAGCCAAACCCGUUUGCACUCAUGUAGUACUGGGCAGAGCUGAGGUCAGGUAACUGAACCGGGAUCAGUCAGGACCCUGAUGAAAGGUCUGUCAUUGUGAGCAGUGGAACUAGGUUACAGGGAAUGUGAGCAAGCAAGAGAAUUAAAGCCCACAGCUUUGUGGGGGGGGGGGACACGGUCUGGUUUCCUCGCUCUGAAGCUGAAUGCUCGAUGCUUAUUGUAGAGUCCUAGUUAUUUUCUUUUAAGCGGCCGUUUUAUCGAUUAUAAUUUCUAUUGUAACGUUAAUUGAAGAGGAUUUUGUUUUUUGGAAACCGCUUCAAAUUGGCACGUCGGAAUGGGGUGCGGCUGCGAUGGAGCGAGAACGCGAACCUCCUCUUCUGCGGCCUUCUGUCCGCCGGCUACGCUGCAGCUCGUCACCACUUUGUGACGGGACCCUCUGCCCGUCUCUCUUCCCCGUAGGUCUCUUCUCCAUGUACUUCCACAUGACGCUGAGCUUCAUCGGCCAGAUGCUGGACGAGCUCUCCAUCCUCUGGGUGCUGGCCAUCGGCUACUCCCUCUGGUUCCCCCGAACACACUUCCCCUCGUUCAUUAAGGACAGGACCACUUUCUCCAGGAUCGUCCUUUUAAUGACUACCGUCACGACCCUGUCGUCCUUCGUCAAGCCUACGGCUAACGCCUACGCGCUGAACUUCUUCGCUAUUCACAUCCUGUACUAUGUGACCAUGGAGCUGCGCAGCUGCACUGACCAGCAGGUGCUGCGUUUGGCCCGCACCUCCAUCGGCCUCUGGGUCCUCGCCAUCUUCUGCUGGAUCAGCGAUCGUUUUGGCUGCAGCUUCUGGCAGCGGCUGAACUUCUGCUACUUGCACGGGAUCUGGCAUAUCCUGAUUGUGGUGGCCACGGCCUAUGGCAGCACCCUCAUCGCCUACUUGGAUGCCUACCGUGAGAUCCCUUACUCGCUGCCAGACCUGCAGUACUGGCCGAGUAACAGUUGGGCCUUAGGUCUCCCUUACAUCACCCUAAAGGAGCCCACCAAGACCCAGAAGAGCUGCUGAAGGGCAGAGUUACAAAGACACAAGUCUCGCACUGACAUGACAAUACCUUAUGCAACUUAAGGUCUUCCUACCCUACAGCUCCUCCUCAGCUGGGAAUAACACUUACGUGCAUUAAACGUUGUUUACAAUACAAGGAGACAAGGUGUUUUGGAGACUCACAAUUUGAGAGUAUCAACAUCCUGUGAUCCACGCAGUUGAAAUGUAUAUAAUGUUUUGUCUUUUUUUUUAAAUAAAAUAGUAAAUAGCCUGUAAACUGUGGUAUGCUAUGAUUUUUAGCAUAUUUUUUUAGUUUUUCCAAAAAAAAAAUGGAUCCUUGACUUCACAAACUCUUUUGGAACAAAAAAGCAGAUCCGCCAGUAUUAUCAAAGUUCACUUCGUAAGUCAUUCCUGGUGGCUCCAGUGAACUUCAUGUUAUUUUAGCCCUAAAAUGAUGUGUGUUGCCUCUGGAACCUUCCAGGCACACCACUGGGCACUUCAGAUCUGUUUUGUCUGUUGUACAGCAGUAAAUAAACUUCAAGUGGAUCCAAAUCCCAAAUAAACU